AUGGAUACGCAAACCGUCACUUCGAUGGAUAAUGAUCGUACGCGGUACGCGGGUCGACACGAUCGGCAAGUGUCCUUAAGUGUCAACGACAGGGAGAACACGGGAGGCACGACCCUUUCCACGUCCUACUUGACCAUCCGACCAACCUCGACGUCUUCGGAGGUGGAGUCAACCAUCCCGAAUGCCCUCCGUAUUACGAAGAACAUUGGUGGAUAUAUUUGCAAGUGGCUUUACCUCGAUUUCAACUACAUCGCAUCGCUUGACCCAGGAGUCUUUGAUAAUCUGGUUGCACUCGAGGUCCUAGCCAUAACUGGUAACAACCUAUCCAGCAUUCCACUUGUGUUAUCGUACAAUAACCUUAACACCACUGCAUGGUUGAACCCGUUUAGGGUGCUUGAAUUUCUCGAUCUAUCACACAACAAGAUUGAGGACAUCACAUCAGAGGAUUUCAAGCGACUGCAACGAUUAAGUAUCCUUAUGCUGGGUAACAAUCGCUUGUAUACAUUCGACAUGAGUAGCGAUAUCCUAAGAUCGCUCAAGGUUCUUGAUUUAUCAUCUAAUGAGUUGGUAUAUGUAGAAGACAAUCAGAAACAGUUUGAUCUGCUGGAAGAGCUACACCUCGAUCAUAACAGUUUAAUAGCACUACAACCAAGUUCAUCGUGGAAGUUAAAGAAUAUUACUUUGUCUUAUAACGACUGGGAUUGCGUUAAAAUGGAGCGUUUGUUACGAAGUUUCCCACCCAAUGUUAGCAUCGACUUCAAAGCGGAAACCUACUGCCCGAGUGAGUCUACCGCAAGGAUUGUGUUGUACAAGUGGAGAGGAAAUGCCUUACCGUGA